AUGGCCGACAACAGUAACAAUUCUCGACCUCAUUGUGAGUAUUAUUUACCUCGAAAGAAGAGAUUUUGCCGAAUGAUACCUAAAGUUGGUGAUCGCUUAUGUGGUGAACACAUGCUGUAUGCAUCUGAGGCCUAUAACGAACUCGGCAAUAUAAAUAAGCAAGAGAGAAAGAGAAUACCAUGUCCACUAGAUUCCAAACAUACUGUAUACGAAGAUAAACUGGAGAAGCACUUGAAACUUUGCAAUGCUAGACAUACCACCCUAUCGGACUACUACGAAAAGGAAGUCAAUUCCGGACAUAUUAGCCAAUCUAUAUCAAAGAGACCAUUAUCUGACAUCCCAGAAGAGAAAGUGCUUCAUAUUAUAAAUAAGCUGUAUAAACUUUCAAAGGAUCAAUCUCUUUCGAGCGAAAGAAGUAUUUUACAACAUCAUUCACUGAAAGAAGAAAUAGAUGGUAACCCUGACGCUACUAACGCAAUAAAACAUUACCUGCAGCAGGCAUCCAUAAUUGGUAAUAUGGAGAAAUUUGGAUUACUAAGAUCCCAGGCUUGCUACAUAGAAUUCGGUGCUGGAAGAGGGAAACUGUCACACUGGGUAGCUCGAGCGUUAUCCGAAUAUAAUAACAAGGUCGAAUUUGUAUUAAUAGACAGAGCAAAUAACCGACGGAAGCUUGACUGCAUGCACACCAGCAAUAAAAUGGGACCUAAAUUCGAACGUGUUAAAAUGGACAUUGAACAUUUCAAUUUAGCGAAAUAUUCGUUUAAAGCCGAUUGGGAUGUUAUCGGCAUUGGUAAACAUUUAUGUGGAGCAGCUACAGAUGUAAGUCUGCGGUGUCUGAUGAACACUCAGAGUCAAAAUAGUAAAUGCAGAACACGUAAUAGCGUUCGUGGAGCGAUUCUUGCUCUGUGUUGCCAUCAUCGAUGUGAUUGGAAAAGCUACGUUAAUAGGGAAUAUUUUCUAGAAUUAGGAUUUGAUGAAGAAGAUUUUAAUGUAAUAUGUAGCUUAUCGAGUUGGGCGACAUGUAGUUUUCAUAAGGGCCAGUCUGAAGGCGUAUCUGCGGAAACUAGCACCUCAGUUAUGCACGGUAAAGAAAUUGGCAGCGAUUCUUGUGCUAAUGAAUCAAACUUGGGUUCAGCUGUGUUUCAGUCAAGGCUUAAUCAGGAUUUUCGACAAAAGAGAGAAGAAAUUGGUCAAUUAUGUAAACAACUCUUAAAUGUUACUUUGGAAUUUGAAACAAUUCUUUGCGAGGGUGCUGAAGUAAUUUUCUCUAACUUUUAUUUGCAAAAUGAAUUAUCCAUCGGAAUCAACGUUUUCAGCAUUUGA